AUGGUCCUGUUUCUCAUUGUCAAGGUCAUGUACAACCUCUUCUUCCACCCUUUGUCACAUUAUCCGGGCCCAUGGCUUGGUCGAGCGACGCGAGUUUACUACUGGUACCACGCGUUGCGCGGCUUGAGCCACUGGGAAGUAAUGGAAUGA